GCGGAGCAGCUGCCUCGUGUCCCUCGAUCAAGAGAGAUUGUAGCAACACCUGUCCUUCAAAGGCUUAUUCUGCUCUCCACACCCAUCACCUAUUACGAAUCACCCCGCCCCGCCGAGUUGCAGUACACCUCCGCUCGCUCGGCGUCUCCCUUCGCCAUUCUGUACAUCGACGCUGAGAUAAAUAUCAUCAGCAUCCCUGACGUCCAUCACAAUUCUCGGGCGCAACUUGUGCGCCCUUCACCGAAGUAGUCCUCUCUACCUGAUCUCUCCCCACAUACUCCGCUUCGGCUGAUCGCGAGCAAUCUCGAGCAUUGCGUGCCAACGAUGACGACGCAACCUAUUACUGCGACGGCCCCACAGGGCGUGCCUCGCUCGUCCUUCGUCGACACUUUCGAAUCCCAACCUGGUACCCCAGGAAGCAGAACCGGACAUGUCUUUCCUUCCAUCAACCGCAUCAGAAAGAACCUGAAUGACACGACAGGUGGUCCCCUCAAGAAGCUCAUGGUUGCUAAUCGCGGUGAAAUUUCGAUCCGUAUCGUCCGCAGCGCGCACGAGCUUGCCAUGACCACUGUGGCCAUCUACUCUUUCGAAGAUCGCUACAGCGCCCACAGAUACAAGGCAGAUGAGGCAUACCAAGUCGGUGCAGGCCUUUCCCCAGUGCAGGCGUACCUCGCCAUCGAGGAUAUCAUUCGCAUUGCUCUUGAGCACGGCGUAGACAUGAUCCACCCUGGCUACGGUUUCCUGUCCGAAAACCCCGCAUUCGCCAAGGCUGUGGAGGAUGCUGGUAUCGCAUUUAUUGGCCCUCGCCCGGAGACCAUCGAUGGGCUUGGCGACAAGACGAAGGCUCGUGAUCUUGCUCGCAAGGCUGGUGUACCUAUUGUACCUGGAACCCCUGGGCCCAUUGAGGACUACCGCGAGGCUGCUGAAUUCGUCAAGGAAGUCGGCUUUCCAGUCAUCAUCAAGGCUGCGAUGGGCGGUGGUGGUCGUGGUAUGCGUGUUGUCCGCAAGCAGGAAGAAUUCGAAGAGGCCUUCUCGCGGGCGAAGUCGGAGGCCAAGUCUGCUUUCGGAGACCCCACUGUCUUCAUCGAGCGCUUCCUCGACAGGCCUCGCCACAUCGAAGUGCAACUCCUCGCAGAUGGAGAAGGAAAUGUCGUGCACCUCUUUGAGCGUGAUUGCUCCGUUCAACGUCGUCACCAAAAGGUCGUCGAGGUUGCGCCUGCAAGCAAUUUGGUAGAUGAGACCCGUCAGGCUAUCCUUUCUGACGCUGUCAAGCUCGCCAGAACUGCAAACUACCGCAACGCUGGUACUGCAGAGUUCUUGGUCGACCAACAGAACAGACACUAUUUCAUCGAGAUCAACCCUCGUCUGCAAGUUGAGCACACCAUCACGGAAGAGAUCACUGGUAUUGAUAUUGUCGGCGCUCAGAUUCAAAUUGCUGCAGGUGCCACCCUGGCAGAUCUCGGCCUGACCCAGGCGACGAUCCAAAAGCGUGGCUCUGCUAUCCAGUGUCGUAUCACGACCGAGGAUCCCUCUGUUGGAUUCGCUCCCGACACGGGUCGCAUCGAAGUGUAUCGCUCUGCUGGAGGUAAUGGUGUGCGUCUCGACGCCAGCUCUGGCUUUGCAGGUGCGCAGAUCACCCCGCACUACGACUCGCUGCUGGUCAAAGUCACUUGCCGUGGCGCGACUUAUGAAGUGACUCGCCGCAAGAUGCUGCGAGCUCUCGUCGAGUUCCGCAUCCGUGGAGUCAAGACCAACAUUCCCUUCCUCUUCCGCCUGCUCACUCACGACGCUUUCGCUGAAGCACGAACAUGGACCACCAUGAUCGACGACACCCCCGAGCUCUUCAACUUGGUCCAAAGCAAGAAUCGUGCUCAAAAGCUGCUCGCAUACCUCGGUGACAUGGCGGUCAACGGCUCCCCACUGCUGGGUCAGGUUGGCGAGCCCGGACUCAAGACGGAAAUCGAGAAGCCUCCCUUUACGGACCCCAAGGAUGCUAGCAAGCCGCUCGAUGCGAGCAAGCCCUGCCUCGAGGGCUGGCGCAACAUCAUCGUCAACGAAGGCCCCGAGGCUUUCGCAAAAGCAGUGCGCUCCUACAAUGGCACACUGAUCAUGGACACAACUUGGCGUGACGCACACCAGAGUCUCUUUGCUACGCGUCUGCGCACCAUCGAUAUGGUCAACAUUGCCAAGGAGACCAGUCACGUCCUCAAGAACGCCUUCUCCUUGGAAUGCUGGGGUGGCGCUACCUUUGAUGUCGCCAUGCGUUUCCUCUACGAGGACCCUUGGGAGCGUCUGCGCAAGCUGCGAAAGCUGGUGCCAAACAUUCCUUUCCAGGCUCUUAUUCGUGGUGCCAAUGCUGUCGGAUAUACUUCUUAUCCCGACAACCUGAUCUACGAGUUCAGCAAAAAGGCAGUCGAGAAUGGUCUUGACAUUUUCCGUGUCUUUGACUCGCUGAACAACCUCGACAGUCUCAGGUUGGGUAUCGAUGCAGCCAAGAAGGCGGGUGGUGUUGCCGAAGGCACCAUCUGCUACACUGGUGACGUGGCCAAUCCCAAGAAGCAUCCCAAGUACACGCUCGAGUACUACCUCAACCUCACCGACGAACUCGUCAAGGUUGGCAUCCACAUUUUGGGUAUCAAGGACAUGGCCGGUCUUCUCAAGCCCGCUGCUGCGCGCAUGCUGGUCGGCGCCAUCCGCAAAAAGUACCCUGACCUCCCCAUCCAUGUGCACUCGCACGACACGGCUGGUAUUGCCCUGGCAUCCAUGAUUGCAUGCGCAGAGGCCGGCGCAGAUGUCGUCGAUGUCGCCAUCGACUCUAUGUCAGGUCUCACAUCUCAACCCUCUAUGGGCGCUCUCGUCAGCGCUCUCGAGCAGACCGGCCUCGGACCAGGCAUUCGUCACGAGGACAUCCAGAAUCUCAACCUGUACUGGACUCAAGUCCGUCAACUGUACUCGUGCUUCGAGGCCAACGUCAAGGCUUCCGACUCUUCCGUCUUCGACCACGAGAUGCCUGGUGGACAGUACACCAACUUGAUGUUCCAAAGUCAGCAGCUCGGUCUUGGAUCGCAAUGGAAUGCCAUCAAGGACGCAUACAUUCAGGCAAACAAGCUCCUUGGUGAUAUCGUCAAGGUCACGCCCUCCUCCAAAGUGUGCGGUGACCUUGCACAAUUCCUCGUCGCCAACAAGCUGACCCCUCAAGAGUUUAUUGAGAAGGUCGACAAGCUCGAUCUGCCCUCUAGCGUCUACGAGUACUUUGAGGGCCGCCUCGGUGUCCCGCCUGGUGGCUUCCCCGAAUUCCGAACGAAGUUGCUGCGUGGUCGACCUGUGAUCGAAGGCCGACCAGGUGCGGGUCUCAAGCCUGUUGACCUUUCUGCCAUCAAAAAGGAAUUGACAAAGAAGUACGGCAAGACAAUGUCCACUUGCGACGCAAUCUCCCAUGCCCUUUAUCCCAAGGUGUUUGAAGAGUACCAAGACUUUUUGGAAAACUACGGCGAUCUGUCAACCGUGCCCACCAGAUUCUUCUGCGGCAAGCCAGACGUCAACGAGGAGAUCCAAGUGUUUAUCGAGAGCGGCAAGAUGCUCAUCGUUAAGCUCCUGGCCGUUGGUGCCGUCAGCGACAAGGGCACUCGAGACGUCUUCAUGGAGCUCAACGGAGAGUCUCGUGUGCUGACCAUCGACGACAAGAGUGCAGCAGUCGAGCACGAGACGAGGGAGAAGGCGGACAGCAAGAACCCCGGCUCUAUCGGCUCUCCCAUUUCCGGUGUCAUCAUCGAGAUCAGAGUCAAGGAGGGUCAGCAAGUCAAGCAGGGAGAUCCUCUGGCCAUCCUCAGCGCCAUGAAGAUGGAGACCAACAUCUCUGCCCCAGUCAGCGGAAAGGUCAGCCGCAUCGCCGUCAAGCAGAACGACUCGGUCGCUGGCGGAGAUCUGGUCCUCCUCAUCGAGCACUAGGCAGGCUCGUUCAUCUCCCUAUAUUCCUGCACCGAGCCUCUUCCCACCCUCCCUGCGAUCUCGCACCGACUCUGCUUUGCUAAAUGUUUCCGAAUUGGCUCGAUGAUCGAAAGGGAACGGAUGGAAUCGGUUGGUUGGUCCCCAUCUUUUUUUCUCAAAGUGCUACCCUGGUCGUGGACGAAAGGAGUGAAAUGAAACGAUGUCAUAGAUUUCUUUGACUCGGGCUGGGGCUUUGUGUCUGACUAGGGUUUGGCCCCGCUCGAGACGGACAAGUUCACAAAGGGCUAGCUAGCCUGCCUUGUGCGUGUACUCUUGGUUGGCACCCUCAGCUAGCGAGACGCGAUUCGAAUCCGGACCGUCUUCUGAAAUACGCUCGGCAAGAGUACGGGGGAAAUGGGGAAGAGAGAAAAGAUGACGACGGUAGGUUCGCAUCGCGUCUCGGUUGAUUUGGAG